AUGUUCUAUUGGAUUUUUAUUUCCUGGUUCUUACAGAUUCCCAAAUUUGUCUUUACCAUUUUGACUGUGAAUAUCAGUCUGUGUUUUUACAAAACCCCUGAAGAUUUUCACCAUGAAGGAGAUGUUGUCAUAGGUGCAUUUUUUCUGAUUCAUACUUACUACUCUCCAAACAAAGUUCCACAUCCAUUUCUCCCAUACCAAUAUAUGGACAAUUAUUUACAAUAUAACUUUAAGAACUACCAGUAUAUUCUGGCCUUGGUGUUUGCUAUUGAGGAGAUCAAUGGGAACCCCAAUAUUUUACCUAAUACAUCUCUUGGAUUUGAUUUCUACAAUGUCAGAUUCACUGAGAAGGAAACUCUUAUGAAUGUCUGUUUUUGGCUCACUGCUCAAGGACAGAAAAAGAUUUUACCAAAUUACAAUUGUGCCAAACAUAAUUUUACGACUGCCCUCACAGGAACAUCAUGGACAACAUCUGCCCAAAUUGGAACAUUACUUCAACUCUUUAAAUUUCCUCAGCUUUCUUUUGGACCUUAUGAUCCCAUCUUGAGUGACCGUGGUCGAUAUUCUUCUCUCUAUCAGAUGGCCCCCAAGUACUCAUCAAUUUCACUUGGCAUUGUAUCAUUGAUGGUUCAUUUUAGGUGGUCUUGGGUUGGUCUCAUCCUCCCACAUGAAAAUGGGGAAGCUGUGGCCUUCUUCCCUUGGCAGCUUAACAUUUUCCUGAAGGACAUUGAUGAGAGAGAUAACAUGAGUUUAGGCUUGAGACAGAAAUUAAAUGCAGAAUAUGACAUUCUUAACCUUUGGAAUUUACCAAAGGGUCUUGGACAAAAGGUGAAAAUUGGAUCAUUUUUAGCAAAUGCUCCUGAGGGCCAACAAUUGUCCUUAUCUGAGCCGAUGAUACAAUGGGCAGGAGGAUUUUCAGAGAUCCCUCAGUCUGUGUGUAGUGAGAGCUGUGUUCCUGGGUUCAGAAAAGUAAUCCUGGAAGGCACGGCCAUCUGCUGCUACAAUUGCACUCCAUGUGCUGACAAUGAGAUUUCUAAUGAGACAGAUGUGGAUCAGUGUGUAAAGUGUCCAGAGAGUCAUUAUGCAAAUACAGAGAAGAACCACUGCUUCCAAAAAGCUGUGAGCUUUCUGGCCUAUGAAGACCCCUUAGGGAUGACACUGGCCAGCAUGGCAUUGUGUUUAUCUGCACUCACAGCCUUUGUAAUUGGCAUCUUUGUGAAACACAGAGACACUCCCAUUGUGAAAGCCAAUAAUCGAGGUCUCAGUUACACUUUGCUCAUCACAAUCACCUUCUGUUUACUCUGUUCUUUGAACUUCAUUGGUCAACCAAAUGCAGCUUCAUGCAUCCUUCAGCAGACCAUAUUUGGAGUUGCAUUCACUGUGGCUCUAGCUACUGUGUUGGCCAAAGCUAUUACUGUGGUCAUUGCCUUCAAGGCCACCUUUCCAGGGAGAAUGGUGAGGUGGUUAAUGACAUCAAGGGCUCCAAACUAUAUAAUUCCUCUCUGUACCCUGAUCCAACUUCUUCUUUGUGGAAUAUGGAUGGCAACAUCUCCUCCAUUCAUUGACCAAGACUUUCAUGCUGAACAUGGACACAUCUUACUUUUUUGCAACAAGGGAUCAUCUGUUGCCUUCCACUGUGUCCUGGGAUAUCUCUGCUUUUUGGCACUUGGGGGCUACACCAUGGCAUUCUUAUCUAGAAAUCUGCCUGAUACAUUCAAUGAAUCCAAAUUCCUGUCAUUCAGCAUGCUUGUGUUCUUCUGUGUCUGGGUCACCUUUCUUCCUGUCUACCACAGCACUAAGGGGAAGGUCAUGGUGGCUAUGGAAGUAUUCUCCAUCUUAGCUUCCAGUGCAGCCCUCCUUGGCUUCAUAUUUGCUCCUAAGUGUUACAUUAUCUUGUUGAGACCAGACAAGAAUUCAUUCCAUCAAAUCAGGAAUAAAACACAUUCUCGAAGGAAUAAGUCUCUUAAAAUUUAG